AUGGCAGAGUCAAGCAAUAUACGGGAAAAAGGUGACAUAUAUAAUUGUUAUUUUAAUUCGAAUAGAAAUGAAGCAGUGUUGAAUACAUCAUCUUCACAAAUCAUAGGCAUGCAUACUGUCGAACAUUCACUUGAUAAUGGUUUUAAUAUUGUAGCACCAUCAUCCCAAAUCUAUGUCAAUGCAUCUAGUAAUACAAAUGGUUCUAUCUCACCAACUGAACAUUCUUUCAAACAACUAGCAGAAUUAUUGCAGGAUCUCUAUCGAAGACUAGAACAAAAAGUUGGAAUAAUUGAGGCUAGUCAGCUAUCAGAAUCAAAUCCUUUAACACAUAGUGGCAAUCAACAAUAUAUUCAGUUCGUAUCAGAGGAAAAUAUGGAUGAGCCAAUAUUAAGUGUCGACGAAACGUUAGGAAAUCAUUUGAGUCAACAAACAUCUUCAACAGCAGUGACUCGAAACACUAAUGAUGAAAGUGUACUGACUAACAAUAUAGACAGUGAUUUGACAUCCUUACCAUCUGGUUCAAACUCCACUUCUAUGAGCUCUAAUCAAAUUCCAUUGGGAUCUGCAAUAAUAAAUUGUUCAAAUUCUUCUCAUCGUUCAUUGGAUCAUUCGAAUGAAGAAAGCAAAGCGAAAGUUGAUCGCGCUCAAUCGUGUCUUGAAGUAACCCCCAGAGUUCGAGAACCAACAUCACUUGAUCUUGCUGUGCUUGAUCCUGGUGAAACUGAUAAAGAAAGACAACCGGAAUCUAGAAAGCAAUCAAAGAGAAAAAGAAAAACUUCAAUUCCAUCUGAGAAAAUAAUUGAGGUUUGCUGCAGCCAAGUAAGUAUAGCAAAUUUUAAUCCAAUCAAAAGUGAUCAAGCGGAACUUUAUUCAAUGGCUCUACUUCAUCCACUUAAACAAAAUAUUACCGGAAAAGCAGAUAGAACAGAAAAAUUGCUGGACGUUUUAGACAGGGAUCCAGUUUUGUACCUUUGGGGUAUUAAUUUAUCGAACUUCAACAGAAUGGAAAUGGUCAUGGUGUCGGAAUCCUGCAAAGGAAAGUUUUUCAGUAUCUACCAACCAGCAUACAAUAAAGGAAAUCAUGACGAUAUGUUAUCUUUUCCAAUCAAACUCUGCCAUGAUCAGCCUAAUCUCCUCAGGCUGGAAAAUGUUUCAAUGCGAAAACGUCCUGACUACGAUAUGAAAAAUCAAGUAUCUGUUAGCCGUAUGCAAAGUGAAAAGACGUACAUCCUUAAAAGUUAUCCAUCCGGCGAGCCAGUAAAUACUAAAAUAUCUGCGCAACAAGAAUUCAACAAGACAUACAACCUUACACGUAUACAACCUGUAUUUCGCUUAGUUCCUGAACAUUUACAAACACAACAACCAUUCGAAUUCUAUGCAAACUUACUUUAUAGACUAUCAAAGAGCGAAGAAAUUGAUUGCAAAUUGAAUGUUACGAUGCUGAAUUUUUCUGGGUCUGACGUACCAUUUAAUGAUAACAGACAUCAGAUCAUAUUAUCUAUAGAGAUUCCUGAAAUGUUUCACUGCACAAUUAAAACUGGUUUUAAAUGGUUGAGAGUAUCAAUAACUAUCGAUGAUAAAAUACAUCCUUUUUAUUCUAUUGACUUCAGCGACGGUGAUAGCAAGAAUCCUGUUUACUUUAACAUCAGAGACAAAUCGUUCAAGAUACAGUUAAACAUCGUACCACAAGCAUUAUCUCAUAGUCAACCUGAAACGCAAAAGCCAUCAAGCAACGGUUGCAAUUUCUUUAAAAUAAAAAUUCAAUUGGUACAUAGUGAAAAUUGCAACGAUUUCUCAACUCUAUUAUUUUACAAAUGUUGCCCAGCGUGGCGUAGCGAACUCCAUACAAUAAAUACCAUAUGCCCAAGCAGCGGUGAACAACUGCCAAUCUUAGAAAGUCAACCAACAGGACAAAAACGAAUAAAUGACACUGUGAAUGAUUUAUGUGAUUAUGAUCUUGGACUACCAGUCGUCAAAGCCCCGAGAAUACAUUGA